AUGGCAGACCAAGAGUUAUCCUUGUUAAACAAAGUCGAGCUAAAGAUAGCAUUAGCAGAAACUGAUCACCAAUUGGAACAAUCCUUAAAUACAUUCUUAUCACCUAUACUAUUAAAACUUGCAAGUCCUCAUGCAGAAGUUCGAAAUUCUGUUUUAAAAAUCAUUCAACAUAUAAUUCCAAGAAUUACAGCAGCACGAAAUCUCAAGUUACCAAUUGAAUCAUUAAUUGAACAAAUAAAUUAUCCUAAUGUCAAAACAGGUUUAGAUCCUACUUCCGUUAGGUUGUAUUCUGCAUUAUUUUUAUCAAGAGGAAUAGAUCGAAUUAAUGAAGAAGAAAGGAAAACAUACGUGCCGUCAAUUGUGAAAGAAAUAUCGAAUUUACCACCCUUAAUAGCUGCAAGAAUGUUCAGUAUACUAUACAAAAUAUUAGGUACAUGGAAAGCACCUGGAUAUAAAUCUGACGAAUAUAAUCAACUUCGAACAAAUUUAAAUUUAGAGCAAAAUGAGAGAUAUUUAUCAUUGAAAAUAAGUCAAUUCUUUCUAUUAACUUUGGAAUCGUUGAAUACUCCAUCAUCUGGAUUAGCCGCAUCAGAUAUUAAAUUUUUCACAACAGAUGCUGGAGUUACUUUUAAAACAAGCAUUGAAUUAUCACGGUAUAAAUUAUCACUCUUUAGUUUCAUACAAUCUGGAUUUAGUGACGAGCAACUUGUUUUACCAUUAUUGAUUGCUUCUGCUGACCCAUCAUUGUCAUUGAAUGAAGCAGAAAAGCUUUUCAAAAAACUUGAAGUCAAAUACGAAAAUGUUCAACUUUAUGGAGGAAUACCAUUAAUAGAUUUGCUAAUAAAUAUUUAUUUGAAAUGCGGUAAUAGCGCAUUUGAUCUUAAUCUCAAAUAUAAAAUCAUUCAAACUUUACUCAAAAUAAAGUCUAUUAGAAAUCAUGAAAAAUUAACUGAUAUUGUUUCAAUUGCAUUAGAAUCUCCUUCCACUAAAUUGAGAAAACUAGGUACAGAUUUAAUUGGGUCAGUAACAACCGAUAAUAUAGAGAAUUUGAAAGAAUUUACGGAGAACAUAGCUAAUAAGUUAAGAUCAAGUCUAAGUCAAGAUAAAUCUGAAAAUUAUAACUCCUUAGUGAUAGCAGAAUUGCAAUCCAAAUACGAAACUUUAGGAAAUUUAUUACUUGCUUCACCUCAAAUUUUUAUAAAUGAUUGGUCAUAUAUAAAUUUUCUUUUACAAGCACUUGAGAAUGAAAAUGUAGAAGUAAAAGUAUCAAUUCAAAAUGUAUUAUCAAGUUUAACUGUACAUUUCAACAAACUCAAUGAUUCAAAUAAACAAGAAUUGAUAUCAUCUGCUUGGGACGCAGUCAAUGCAAAUUCAAUGACAAAAUAUAUUAUAACAAAAUAUAUCAAUUUAGCAUUUCCAUUUGAUGAUUCAACUGCUAGAAUGUUGACAAUUAUAGGAACAAAUAUUAACAAUCCACCUGAAAUUAUUGAGGAAUCUAAUAAAGGUUUACACCCAUAUUGGUUUAAGUUGCUUCAAGCAAAUAAUUCGACCGAGUCUAUCUUCGCUGCAAAUACUGAAUCUGUGAAAUUCCCAAGUUUCCAGGAUUUUGUGGAAAAACUUGUGAAUGAGAUUGCAAACCCAAAUUCACCAAUACAACAAGUGUUACCCAAAGCGUUAGAAUUUGCUGAACAAAUUCUAGUCAUGGAAGCAUUGGAAGGUAAAAAAACAGUUGUUGAAACCGAUAAAAAUUGGUCAAUCAGAUUAGAAAAAGCAAUUGAGAUGAAUGAAGAAGUUAGAAAGUUGGUAAUUGAGAAAUUAAAGAAUGACAAAACUAUUGAACCUCAAGUAGUUGAUCUUUUGAGAAUAUGUAUUGAUGGUCUUGUUGGUCAGCAUACAAAAUCAAACUCCUUGAAUCCAUUUUAUGCAAGAACUUUAGCUAAAUUACUUCCAUUUACUUCAGAUGAAAUAGUCCAACAGUUGUUACCUAAACUUGAUGAAAUCAUUAAUAUAGUAAAUUCAGUUGAUAGAAACAAUUUGAGUGAUGUUUGUAAAAUUAUUGGAAUCUUAGCUAGUCAUCCAUUAGUAGAUUCCAACAGUGUCUUAUCAAAAACGGGUGAAAAUGAAAGUCAAACAAUUUUGCAAUGCUAUGUCAUGUCCAGAGUGUUUGCAAGAAAUGUAAACACCGGUAGUAUUACAUCCGAUAGUUUGACUAAUUUGUUGAAACAAUUGGUUCAAAUUUCAAAUAAUCGGUAUCCCAUAGCUAGUGAUGGUAUUUCACAAUUAGCAAUGUAUGGAGUAUUGAAUAAAUUCAAGAAUCCUGAAAUCAAUACUUUACUUGAUCAAUUGAAAACCAAUGCUCGAACCAAGAUUAAAAAAUUUGAUGAAAAAGCUGUUAUUGAGUUAGGUUAUUUGACAUUAGUUGACGAAAGAUCUAAUGAAGAAAAUUUAACAGAGGACGAGAAAUCAAUAUAUGAAUUCCAUAACUCAAAAGAAAUUGAAUCUAUUUUUGCAUCAGCUGAAGCAUUUGUAAUCACUUCUGCUGGUUGGAAAUCAAAAUUAUUACAAAAGAAAUUAGAUAUACCGACAGUCAAUAUCGAAAAUUUACCAAAUAGUACAAUUAGAUUACCUUUCAUAUUAGAUCUAGUAAUAUCUGCAUGUAAAGAUACAAAACCAUCAUUAAGAAAAGCAGGUUGUAUUUGGGCAUUAGCGAUGGUUCAAAAUUGUGGUCAUUUACAACAAGUUAAAGAUCGAGCAACUGAUUUACAUAUAAGUUUUAUGAGAUUUUUAGCAGAUAAAGAUGAAUUAAUUCAAGAUUCUGCAUCAAGAGGAUUAGCAUUAGUUUAUGAAAUGGGAGAUGUUGAAUUAAAAGAAUAUUUGGUUAAAUCAUUAUUAAAAUCUUUUACUCAAUCUGAUACUAAUUCAAUUACAUCUGGUUCAAUUGAAGAAAAUACUCAAUUAUUUGAACCAGAUUUAUUAAAGACUAAUGAUGGUUCCGUAUCAACUUAUAAAGAUGUUUUGAAUUUAGCUCAAGAUGCAGGUGAUCCAAGUUUAGUUUAUAAAUUUAUGUCAUUAGCUAAAUCUUCAACUUUAUGGUCAUCAAGAAAAGGUAUAGCAUAUGGAUUAGAAUCGAUAUUAUCACAAUCUUCAUUAGAUCAGUUGUUAUCAACAAAUUCAAAUUUUGCAAAUAGACUAAUUCCUAAAUUAUUUAGAUAUAGGUAUGAUCCAUUCACAUCUGUUUCUCAAUCAAUGGAUUCAAUUUGGAAUUCAAUUGUCAAAGAUUCAUCUAAAACAAUAAAUGAUAAUUUCACUUCAAUUUUAAAUGAAUUAUUAUCUGGUAUGGGUAAAAAAGAAUGGAGAGUAAGACAAGCUAGUGCUGCAGCAUUAAUUGAUUUAUUACAACUGGUUGAAUUAUCAAAAUAUGAAUAUAGAAUAGAAGAAAUUUGGAGUAUGAGUUUUAGAAUAAUGGAUGAUAUUAAAGAAAGUGUACGUAAAGAAGGAUUACGAUUAACAAAAAGUUUAACUACUACAAUGACUAAUACUUUGAAAAAAUCAAAUAAAAACACAAAUGAAAAUUUAUUAGGUAAAUUAAUUGAAUUUUUAUUAGGUAAUAAGGGAAUUUUAUCUGAUUCUCAAGAUAUUAAAGAUUUUUCAAUUGAUACAUUAUUAAAACUUUGUAAAACCAAGACAAAAGCACUCAAACCUUAUAUAUCAAUCUUGAUUGAAAAUUUCAUUGGACUUUUUUCAUCAUUAGAACCAGAAGUUGUAAAUUAUUUAGCUUUAAAUGCUGGGAAAUAUAAUAUUGAUAAUAAUGAAUUUGAUUCUAAAAGAUUACAAAGCGUGGGGAAAUCUCCAUUAAUGGAUGCUAUUGAAUUUUUAUUAAGUCAAUUAGAUGAUGAAUCAAUCCCACAAUUUAUAACAAAAUUAGAACAUUCAAUUAAAUAUAGUGUUGGAUUACCUUCAAAAGUUAGUGGUUCAAAAGUAUUAAUUUCUUUAGUUAUUGAUCAUAAUCAACAAAUGAAACCAUAUAGUUCAAAACUUUUAGAUAUAGCAUCAAGUCAAAUUAAAAAUAGAAAUGAUACAGUUGCUUCAUGUUAUGCAGCUGCAGCUGGUUAUAUUUGUAGAAUUGCAAAUGUGGAUUCAAUUAUAAAAUAUUCAGAAAAAAUCACCAAGCUUUAUUUUGAACCAAAAGAACCUGGUGAUGAAAGAUCAAGAAUUUUAUCAAGUAUUGCAAGUGAAUGUGUUUCAAAAUAUUCUGGUGAUAAAUUUAGUAUUGUUGCUUCAGCUUUUUUACCAUUAGCUUAUAUUGGUAAAUUUGAUAGUGUUAAAUCUGUUUCUCAUAAUUUUGAUAAAGAAUGGACUGAACAUACAAGUGGUGAUUCAGCUAUUAAAUUAUAUUCAACUGAAAUUUUAGAACUUCUUGAAAAAUAUAUAAAAUCUAAUGAUUUUGCUGUAAAGAUUACAUUAGCUAUAGCUUUAUCACAUUUAUGUAAAGUUUCAAAUCAAGAACUGGUUUUAUUUCAACAAUUUAUUGGUAAGACUGUUGAUUUAUUGAUUGAAGCUAAUAAAGGUAAAUCUUGGGAAGGUAAAGAAUAUAUAUUUGGAGCAUUAGUUGAUUUUGCAAUCUUAGUACAAAAGAAUCUGGAAAUCAAUGAUUCAUUACUUCAAUCGGUCGAAAAGACAGUCAUUACAGAAAUUAAAAGAAAAAAUAAAAGGUAUCAAAGAUUAGCAAUUCAACAGUGUAGUAAAUUUAUUCAUAGUAUUCAUAAUAAUGAGGAGUUAAUUGAUGAAUAUAUAAGGAUAAUGGGAGAAAUUUUAAAUAGAGAAUUUGAAAUGAAAGAUGAUGAUAGUGAUGAAGAAAUGGUUCAUCCUAUUCCAACAAGCUAUAAUGAAGAAAAUGUAUUAAAAAUAAUAUCAAAUUUGACAGAAUCAUUUUAUAAUCCAAUAAAUUUUAAAUUGUUUAAAUUUAUCAUGGAAACUUAUAGAGAAGUCUUUGAUUCAAGUAUAUAUGUUACAUGGAGAUCAAGAAUUGAAAUAACAAAACUAAUGAGAAAAAUUUCUGGGUUAAUAACUGAUGUAUCAAAUGAAGUUGCAAAUGAAUUGAUGAAAACAUGGGAUUUGCUCAAACUGGAAUGUCUAACAUUGGAUUCAUUAGAAUCUGUUAAAAUUGAAUUCAUUAGAUUGUCUAAAGAAUUAAUACUUCAUUUGAACGAUGAAAAUAAAGCUAUAGUGCAAUCACAGUUGAAUGAGUACCUAAAGAGUGAAACUUCAAAUGUAGUAAAAGUAGAAAUAGAGAAAUAA